CACAAACAUAACGGUAAUUAACCACCUAACACCCGCCCCCUCAUUUUUCUCUCUUCCACUUUCUCUCUCUCCCCCCCAUCAAUCACACAAUCCCAUUUUCGUUUCACUCAAAAUCACUGAAUCCAAUUUCUUUGAACAAUCACAGAAAAGCUCGAUCGCCCCUGUAAUUCGAAACCCUAAAUGCAACGAGAUGAUCAUGGAGCCGAAGAUGGAGAGGAAGAGGACGUUCGCUAUGAACUGGGACGGCCUCCACGACGAAGAAGACGACGACCGCUUCUUCGAGUCCCGGGAGAGAAUCUCCUCCGCCGUGCCUAUCGACCUCGAAGCCUCCUCCUCCGACGAUGAGGACUUCGACGACAGUCGUAUGUCCUUCGCCUCCUGCGUCUCCUCCGUCCGAAACGACGUCGAGGUGCUGCGAGCCUUGUCCGCCGCCGAGCCGUCCUUCGCCUCGUCGCCUCCGAUGUCACCGGACUACAACAUCUGGAUGGCCGCGCCGGGGUCGAUCUCCGAACGCCGCAGGCGGUUGUUGCAGGGCAUGGGAUUGGCCAACGGCGGCAAAGACAUCGUCAGCUUCAGACGCCUCGUUUCGAAUAAAGCCCCAAACGGCGUCUUUCCGGCCGUUACGAGUUGCCCUACUCGCUCUCGGGAAAAGAUACAAGUUCCCGAAACAGCGCCCGAACCCGAUCCCGAUCCGGAGCCAGAGUCGGGGGCUUCGAAUUCGCCUUUGCCGAUGAUGCUUGUACGGUCCAGAUCGGAAGGAGAGAUCGAAGCUUUCUCGGCCGAUAAACGAAGGAAAGAGCAGGUAAUUGGCACUGUCUCGAAACAACGGCUGACAAGAACGUCGUCGGCGAUCGCGGCUCCUAGCUCUAGGAUGUGUUUUUCCACGACGCCUCAAAGCGACGUGGGAACCAAGACCGUCCGAUCUAGGCAAAACAGCGCCGCAUUGUCGACGGAGUUCACCAACAAUUUAGGGGCGUUCUUCUUGAUUAAAAAUCUGGACACGGGAACCGAGUUCAUUGUGAACGAGUACGAUCAAAACGGGUGUUGGAACAAGUUUAGUGAUCUCCAAACGGGGAAGAAAUUGACCGUGGACGAGUUUGAGAAGUCCGUCGGGUACUCGCCGGUGGUGAAGGAGGUGAUGCGGCGGCAAAAUGUCAACAUUGAAGCCGGGAUUGAGAGGAAGGUACCGGCAGGAGCCAAUUCGUUUGUGUCAAAGAGUUUGAGGAUGAGCAAGAGAAAGGUGGCUCUUUUGAAGAAUAGCAUAAAAGGUGUGGGAAGUGCUGUGAGUGUACUAAUUGGGGAUAAGGAUCAACACGCCUCGUCGCCGCCUCCUCCGCUGCCGCAGGACCAGAAAUCAAGCAAGGCUAAUUCGGGGUCUGGUUCGGAGUGGAUCAAAGUUAGGCAGACUGGGAAGUCAUAUAAGGAGCUAUCAGCAUUGCAUUUGUGCCAGGAGAUUCAGGCUCAUGAGGGCUCAAUUUGGACCAUCAAGUUUAGCUUGGAUGCUAGAUUUCUUGCUAGUGCUGGAGAGGACAGGGUCAUUCAUGUAUGGGAAGUUCAAGAAUGUGAGAUUAUGUCCAUGGAUAGCAAUGCGAACCCGCUGCAUCCCUCCUCGGUGUCCCCAUAUCCGGAUCGAUCAAUGUGUCUUAGCUCUGAAGCUUCAAUUUCCUCUGAGAAGAAGAAGAAGGGGAAGGGAGGCUCUUCUAGGAAAACUAAUCCCAUUCCUGACUAUGUCCAUGUACCCGAAUUCGUGUUUGCCCUCUCGGAGAAACCUGUGUGCUCUUUCGAAGGUCAUUUGGAUGCAGUACUGGACCUGUCAUGGUCCAGAGAUCAGCUAUUGCUUUCAUCUUCAAUGGACAAAACUGUUAGAUUAUGGGAUAUGGUGACCAAGAGUUGUUUAAAGAUGUUUGCCCACAAUGAUUAUGUAACUUGCAUACAGUUCAAUCCAUUGGACGACAGUGUUUUUCUCAGCGGCUCCCUUGAUGCGAAGCUUCGAUUAUGGGACAUAUCUGAUCGAAGAGUGGUGGACUGGACUGAUCUUCAUGAAAUGGUCACCGCUGCAUGCUAUACUCCAGAUGGCCAGGCUGCCAUCAUUGGCUCGCACAAAGGGAACUGUCGUAUGUACAAUGCAGAAGAUUGUAAAUUAAGUCAAGAAGGCCAGAUUGAUAUUAAAAACAAGAAGAAGAAUCAAGCAAAGAAAGUUACCGGUUUCCAGUUUUCUCCGAUUAAUCCAUCUGAAAUGCUUGUCACAUCUGCUGAUUCCCGGAUUAGGAUUGUGGACGGUAAAGAUGUCACUCAUAAGUUUAGAGGUUUCCGAAAUACAAGCAGUCAAAUUGGAGCGUCAUUCACUCCCAAUGGAAAGUACAUUAUAUGUGCCAGUGAAGAUUCUCAUGUAUAUGUAUGGAAGCGUGAAGAGCCUCGAGUGUCAGCCGCAGGAAAAAAGAGCACAAUCACCACCACUUCUCAUGAAUAUUUUCAGUGUAAAGAUGUUUCAGUAGCAAUCCCAUGGCCUGGCACCAUAAAAGGUGACCCUCCCCCGCCUGUGUCUGUGCAUUCUUCUAAGAGGCACUCAAAACGUUCCUCUGUACAGCCAGUUUCAGGAACUGCAUCACCUACUCAAGACGGAGGAGACAGCAAGAGAUUCCUGCCACCUCUUCCAAAGAAAAACACUAAUCCUAGUACUCCUCCUAGUGCAACAGCGGAGAAAACCACUCAUCUUAGUACUCCUCCUAAUGCGACAGCGGAGAAACCUUCGACUCCCCCACCAGAAGAUCAGGAUCCAUCUGAAAUUUCUCGAACGGAUUCUGGGAUUGGCGAGUCAUUCAGCUCAGACCCUUCCUCUAUUAGGUAUGGUGGCGAUUCACCUUCUAUAUCUUCUGGCAAUGCAUCAUCAUCUUGGUCUUCCUCUUGGUCCUCUUUGUUUGGGCAUGAAUCGAGCCAAACAACCCAAGCUUGGGGCUUGGUCAUUGUGACAGCCACCCUGGAAGGUGAAAUCAGGGCAUAUCAAAAUUUUGGGAUACCAAGAAGGGUGCCCGGCAGUUUUUUUGGAGGUCCUACCUAGGUCGUUUUCAACUCUGUUGUUGGUCUCAAAUCGAUCAAAAUAUAUUGUACACAAACUAUGUCAGAUCCCUUGGUGCAGUAAGAUCAAAGUAAAUACAUCAAACCGCACAAAUGGGAUUUUGUUGAAGAUGUCCAAACCAUUCGUUCCCAUCAUCAGAAAGUUUUGUAGAUUACAACAACCUAUCCAUUUUCCACAAAAUUAAUUGAUGCUAGAUUGUAUACUAGUUGCUUUGUUGUAUCAGGCCAGAAAGUAUUUUGCUGUAAAUGUCAUAUGUCAAAGCUACUCAUCACCAAUCAAUCGAGAGAAAAAAAAUGUUCAUCAUCAGAAUUAUUCAGAAAU